CAGAAGCGGACCCAUCGCGCCAAAGUUGCACCGACCACCCACACUGCAGAUGGACGGCUCCGCGGGGGGCUCGGGGGAGGCUGUCAGAGCACCCGACAGCGGGGAGGGGGUUGUGGCCGGUAGACUCUGAUGAAAGUCCUGCUCGAUCCGAGCCCAGCCCUUUGUAACCGCGCGCGUCUCCCGCACUCUGCGACUUCCUCGUGAAUAACGCCGGCGCGCGUCACGCGGGGGGUCGGGGAUGGAGAGGAACCCCAGCACUGCGCCCGGUCGCCACGGCCCCGCUCCUCAGACCGCCCACCAGCAGCACGAGCCCAUCAGCUUCGGCAUCGACCAGAUCCUCAGCGGCUCCGACCAGGACGCUUCCCAUCAGAGCGGCUCCCGCGGCGGCUCCGACUCCGGUGCGCGUGCCGCCGGUGCGGGAAGGUUUGGCGUCGGCGGCCCCGCGGGCGCGAGCGCCGCGCCUCGCGCGUCCCUUUGCGGCUCGUUCAGUGGGAUAGCGGGCGCGCUGGAGGAGUCGGGACGGCUGAGCGUCAGCCUCAGCCUGGCUCCCGGGGGGGUGAUUCGGGUCCCCGCGCACAGACCCCUUCCUGCGGCCGUCCCGCCGCCCCUGAGCAGCGCAGUACCCGGCUUCGGCAGCCUCAGCUUCCCCUGGAUGGAGAGCCGGAGCCGGUUCGCCAAGGACCGACACACAGCGCUGACCUCCUUCACUAUGUCCCGGCGCAUUGGCCACCCGUACCAGAACCGCACGCCACCAAAGCGCAAGAAGCCACGCACAUCCUUCUCACGCGUACAGAUCUGUGAGCUGGAGAAGCGCUUCCACCGGCAGAAGUACUUGGCCAGCGUUGAGAGGGCUGCCUUGGCCAAGACGCUCAAGAUGACCGAUGCUCAAGUGAAGACUUGGUUCCAGAAUCGCAGAACCAAGUGGAGGCGGCAGACGGCCGAGGAGCGGGAGGCAGAGCGUCAACAAGCCAAUCGGCUGAUGAUCCAGCUGCAGCACGAUGCCUUCCAGAAGUCGCUGAGUGAUUCCGUGCCCCCCGACCCACUUUGCAUACACAACUCCUCCCUCUUUGCCCUCCAAAACCUGCAGCCCUGGGCCAACGAGAGCAGCAAACUGGGGAGCGUCACCGCCCUGGUGUGAUGGUUGUGCUGACCAGUUGACCGACCCUCCUGGGGUGAGAUGACAUCACAGCCCUUCUUCCCCUGGAAAUGAAGCAAUACUGGACAAAAAAGUGGUAGUGCUGGCACCAGUGAGGGGUGGCGCUGAGGACACACCCCUUUAGCUAGUGCUAGAGGACCAACUGUGGGCGGAGCCUAUUAAAAACACCAAUAAGGUCUGGCAAUGGAAAGUUGCCCCUUUAAGAAAAAGCAGUGCUGGAGGCAGUCCUUGGAGAACGGACCGGAAUGAUCUUUUUUCGGACUGUUUCCAAAAUGGCUGGAAUUUUUGCUUUUUGCAUUGAAAUUAACUCUCUUUCAGAAAAUCACACUGAAAAUGAAAAUUAAGAGCCAGCUGUAAUUAGUUGUUUGUAAAAUAAGGACCAUUACCUUUGACCUGUGAUAAACUUCAGAAACAGCGCUCCUCUGGCAAGUUCCACGGCUGACGCGAUCAUUUUUCACAGAACAAAAGCUGUGCACACCAAAGGUUUGGUGCUAUUGCUCCUUAGAACCGUUCAACAACAGAGAGUUUGUUUCAGCAGAUAUGACACUGUAAACCAUCAAAUUAACCCUUAGAGAAAAGCAAAAUUCUGACAAUUCUGGGUGAAAUAUCUGCUGCUUCCAAUGCUUCCUGGACAGGUUUUUCUCUGCUGGUCCUUAAAAAAUGUGCUUUAUAAAGCACAACUGCCCCAGAGUAAUUAGAGGGAAAGGAGGAAUAAACUAUUUUCAUAACAGAUGAAAAAGCAGAACUGGUGGCAGAAAUAUUCAUCCAGUUCAGUCAGCUUUCUCUCUGAGUCGACGGCAUGCAGAGACGCAGGCUGAAAAGGAAAAUAGUGGUUUUCAGGGCCCUCACGCCUUCAGAUGGAUCAUUGUAUUGCGUAAGAUGUAUCAGCACAGCAGCCACACUGGCAAUAAUCUAACAUUGUCCAUUCAUGAUAUUAUACAGUAUGUGGGGAACAAGCAUUGUAAUUGGGGAAUAAUGUCCGCACUGCAUCUCCAGUUUAGAGAGAGAUUAAAGGCAGCAAAGAAAGCAAUAUACAGUAUUUAUGCUGAAGUACGUAUUUUGAGGGAAGGGUAGUUAGGUUUUAAAGUGCUCUGCUCUGUGGAACCCAUGUAAUGAUUUUUACUGUUAUGAUUUGUAUUUGAUGUAUAUGUAAAUAAUAAUAAACAUUUACUCAUUUUCUCAUUUUCCUCUUAUGAUGCAGCAUUACAGGGGAAGUAUUUCAGUCACCCGCAGAGCCAUAUU